AUGAAAAACACCAAGACUCGGAAGGCGUACUCAAGCAGACCUACUACUAGUAACGCUAUCAUCACCAGUGCCCGCCACACACCCCACAAGAACCAGCACAUUCUGUUCAAGGCUCCAGUUAUUUCGCUCCAGAGCAAGAUCCAACGCAACCGAAGCAUCGCCAACUUUAGCAUCUUCCAACCAAGCUCGCUUCAACACCGACUGCAACUCCGCGCAGGCCCAAACAGUCGCCUGCUCAAGGCCUUUGACAUCCGCAACUCAUUUACAACCACAGACGUGGACAAGCAUACCGACUUCCUCCGACUCUCGUUCCACACCAUCAAGAGCGCCGAUGGAGCAGUGUGCCGCAAGGUUUGGAGACUGGCCAACGAAACGAUCGAGAAACUGGUGCCGCAAUUGCGCAACAGCGGCCGGCGCGAAGUGAGAAUAGAGCGCAUCGCCCGCAUCUUGUGCCUCGAUGCUGUCCUCAAACUUCUCUUUCCGAAAACACGGGUACGGCCCUUCCACAUCGGUCAUGCGGACAAGGCUACGAAGCUCGUCAACGUCCUUUGGCAAGAUUCAAAGAAGUCGUCGAGCGAGCGGGGGCCGGUAUCUCGGCAGAGAUCACUGGAAUCGUUGCAAGAGGCACUUCGCGAGCUGGUGUCUGUCAAGCAAGGCGAUGAUGAAGAAGAAGGCGAAGAAGACAGAGAAAGCAAGGUUCUGGGACUGAUUAUGCCGGCAUACGAGACACUUUGGCGCGUCGUGAUGCUGACUUACAUCCACGUAGCCUUCCGCUACAUUGAUACUGCAACAAGAGAAACGGUCAAUAAGGUCGUGAAGAGCAUAUCUCAGAAUAGCGGUGCAGGAGCGCGACUAGAUCCGACCGUCGUCUACUUUGCGCGGGAAGCUCUCCGCUUAUACCCGCCGACAAAACGCAUCUAUCGAGCCUCGCUCUCGGCUGAGGAGACGGCCGACGUCGAGUCCAUGCACCACGACGAGCGGAUCUGGGGCCCCGACGCCCCCGAAUUCCGGCCGAACCGCUUCGAUAAGCUGACAAGAGACCAAGAGCACGCGUACAUGCCUUUCGGCGUGGGCAAAAACGCGUGUCCAGCCGAGAACGGCUUCGGCAGGAAGAGGGUUUCGUUCUUGGGUGUCGUGCUUGUCACUCGACUCGGCACGAGAGCGUCGGGGGCGGGAGUUCGGCUGGGGGACGACAAUUUGGACGUUUAUGUCCCGAGCCCCGUUGCCGACUGGGCAAAACGAUGCGGAGAAAUGGGUGGUGAGUCUUGGAUCUCGGGAGUAAAGCUGAUCAGCUACUACAUCAGAUAA